UUCUAUGUAGUGUGAAUGAUUAUAUUCUCUAGGUCUACAAACUAUCCUUUCUAUGUAGUUUGAAUGAGUGAGUACAUUUUUACGUUUACAAAAUACUUUCUAUAUAGUUUCUAUAUAGUUUGAAUGAGUUUCUCAGAAUUACGACAGAGAUAAUCCUCAUAGUUUUUAAAGAAAAUCUGGAAAUUUUACUUUGUAUGUGUUUUAUACAUUUGUAUUGAUUUCGGGUGUAAACCUGACAAUAAACUUUCAAAACUGUCCCGGAUGUCAUUUUAGCGUGAUUGUUACUAUAAAUAACGGUUUAAAUCUCACACUCAGAGGUAACGUUCGGUAACAUCAGUAUUGUGUGUAACUUUGUAAAUGUACAUGUAAUAAAUAUAUGCUGUUUCAUUGAAUUCUAUUUUUGGAUUAAAAUCACCGAUCUUUCAACUCGACAUAAACACGUGUAAUUACAAAAUGCAAGCAGUCUAGACGAAAAUACUAUAUACUCCUUGUGCAACCUCAGAAACCAACCAGUCAUAAUAAUAAUAAUAAUAUCCAGUCAUUGCAGUUCUGCAUUUUGUCAGUUUUCAAAUCCAGGCAAGCUACUUACAAACAAGUUGAUGGUACAAGGGUUCCAACAUUCUCGAUUGAAGUCAGCAUUUCGCAAUUUCUAUGGUCGUUAUAACGAUCUAGUUCGUCAAUACAACCUAUCAUUGGGUCAAAUGUUGUCUGACAUGUUUCAUACCGAUUGUUAAGCCGUUCUUGGCACGCUGAUUUUGAGUACGGAUAACUCCGUUUACCUGAACAGGAUAUAGGGCUCAUGGCGGGUGUAACCGGUCAACAGGGGAUGCUUACUCCUCCUAGGCACCUGAUCCCACCUCUGGUGUGUCCAGGGGUCCGUGUUUCCCCAACUAUCUAUUUUGUAUUGCUUGUAGGAGUUAUGAGAUUGAUUAAUGUUCGUUAUCUUUACCUUUCGUGAUUUAAGACGGUUUACGAUUGGCAUGAGCUUAAAUUUUGUAGUUGACUCCUUUCGUUAUUAUAACCAUGCCCAUAGUUUGUGUUUUCUUUUUCAGUCUUCACUUUGGCUUCCUGCUAAAAAUGAAAGCAAAACGGUUGGAACAUUCACGACUAAAAUGACAGAUUGUACACAAACGACAACAGUCACCAAGACUAGCAUUACUCUGCACCAAAAGGGAGCUAGUGGCAUGAGUGUUUGCAUACUGGAAGGUAGAAGAUGGAAAGGAGAAAGCGACUCCUCAAACCGGAGAGUUUUACUUGAUCUCAUCAACGAAGCGAGGGUGGAGGAAAGGACCCAACCUGAGGGAAGGAUUCUGGUUCUGUCAAGUGAUGGGGCCAAGCGAUGUGGACAAUUCUUGGUUGUAUUCAAUGCUCUGGAACAACUUACCAUGGAUACAGAGGUGGACAUAUUUACAAUCACAAGACAACUCCGAAUCCGACGGCCAGAGUUCAUAUCUUCUUUGGAAGAAUAUCAGUUUUGUUACGAGGCCAUUGCUGAUCAUCUCCAAAAUGACACAGUGUACGCGAAUUGCUGAGGACCACUCAAAGAGACUGUGACAUCAACCAGCCUUCCUCCUAAUAACAAUGGAAACACAUUGAAGAAUUUGUUAAUUCACUGGAGACCAGUAUUAUAUAUGUACUGGUGUUAUUGACUCACCCACACUUCACUUAUUGUAUGUGCUUGUUUCUUAUUAACUAUUCUUCCGCUUCUUCUUCUGCCUUAAAAUGUCCGCCACCGUUAUCUGUAACCAAUAGAUGAAAGUAUUAGAAAUUCAAGGAUGUGAUAAUGCAAUAUAUCUAGUUGUGUAGAAAUGUUUUUGUUUUCAGUUUAAAUGGAGUUAAGUUAUAUUUGGGGGUGGGUCCAAUAUAGAACUAUGUGUGGAAAAAUUAGUUCUAAUUCAACAGAUAUAACUUCUUUUUUCAGUUUUAACAACAUUUAUUCAGGUAUAUAGUCAGGCUUUUACACAACCCUUACAACCCAACCUGACCAGGGGGGGGGGGGUUACUGGGUUUUAAGAAUUCCAACUCUUUUGCUCACACAUUCACACUGACAUUCAUACUAAACGAAGGCUAGAAGUAAAGAAAGUAGAAAAAUUGACAAUGUACUCUGGCUGAGUUCAUAAAUAUCACACUAUAAUAAUUAACAAUCGGAUAUAUGAUGUAAUACCAAGGUUGUUAUUUAAUAAAAUACUACUUUAAACACAUCGUUGAUUGAAUAUACAUUUACUUCACCUCUUACGAAGAAAAAAUUAUAACAAAUGUAUAUAAUACUAAAAAGAAGCAUUUUAGGAUAUUUGUGUUUUAACAUAUUUUACGUUAUACUUGAGCUAAUGUUUCAAAUAAUUUCCAUUUCUUUUCAAACUGAUCUGUACAAUUAUAUUUACUUGCAAUUUGUUUUUCCACUCUGUAUACAUUUAUCCAAGUGGCUUUAAAUUUACUGCAUGACAAUCAAUCUCCUCUUCAUUUGGUUAAGUAUAUAUAAUGUUUGAAAUGGUAAUUUACAAAGUUUACCAUUUUAAUUUUCGAACAUCCAAGGAUAAAAGUUUUCUUAUCAGUUAUGAUAUUGAAUGAAAAUGUUUCAGUAAACCAACAUUGCACAUUUCUUUUUAAAAAAUACUGACUUUUUCACAAUCAUACAUAAUAUAUUCCAAUGAUUCUCUCUCCUCUAAACAAAAAGAACAUAAAUCGUUUGAUUUCCCAAUCAUUUUCAAAAAAGUGUUUGUAGUUAAAAUUCUAUGAUUUACUCGAUAUUGUAGCCAUUGUAAUUUACUAUCUUUUGUGUUCAUAAAAACAUCCAUGUGAAUUCCUCUCCAUUCUUCACUAGAUAUUUCAAAUUGUUUAUUCCAUUUUCUUUGUCCAGUUUGGUUUUUCUUUGCUAGAAUUCAAUAUUUUGUAAAUUUUUAUAUUGUUGGUUUUAUCAUCUAGCAAAGAUAAAAUGUAAGGCAAUAGUUGGUUCUUGUUCUUUAUUCAGAUUAUCGAUAUUAAAAUAUUUCAUCAUUUUCUUUACUGCUUGUGUUACUCCAAAAAAUUCCAAAAAUUAGUUUUGAUAUCAAAUAUUGUUUUGAAUUGAGCAUAAGUCAUUAUAUUCCCUUCCUCAUCCAGUAACGAAUUUAUUAAGUAAAUAUUGUUUUUACUCCAUUCCUUCAAAGACAUUCAUUUUUUAUCUACUUUAAGUUUUUCACUGUACCAAAGGAAAAGUUUUACUCAUUUUUUCUGGUGUCAAUUCAUUUUCAAAACAAAUCUUCAGUUUUUUUCCAAGAAUUAAAAACAUCUUGCCAAAAUUUGUUUUUUGAUUUUUCAAUAUUCUUUAAUGCAUAUGUUGGUCCACAUCUAAUGACCUGACUAAUAUUAAUAUCUUCGCCCAUGACAAAUUUCCAUUUUGUUGAACUCUAGCAAUUUUUAACCCAAGAUAUUUUCAUACUUGCAAUAAUUUUUUUUUAUAUUUAUCAUGUUUAAACCACCCUUUUCAUAUUCCUGGUUAACUAUAGACUUUUUUACUUUAUGAACAGGACUUUUCCACAGGAAUUUAAAAAAAAACAGACAGUUUAACUGGUCAAUAGUAUCUUUUGAUGGAUUCGGUAAGGAAAUAAACAAAUGUACAAUUUUUGAAAUUGCUAGAUAUUUUAUAACAGUUAUGCGGCCAAUUGGAGUCAGAUUUCUUCUUUUCCCUUGUUUUAAUAAAUUCUUAAUAGAAGAAGAUAUAUAACUUGAAAAAUAUGAUAGCGUCCUGGGGUCUUCAGAAAUGAGAAGAUGCCAAGGCAUACAAACUAGUAUCAAGGUCAAAGGAUCCCAAUGACCUUGACAUCUGACCAUGAAUACCAAACCUGGUAUAACUCUGGAAUCGAUAUUGAUAGAGACAUGGAAAUUUCUCAGGUAUAAUAAGACUAAUAAGCAACAAACUAGCAUGAAGGUCAAACUACUCCUAUGACCUUCACCUUGUUCAUAAAACGCAUUACAUUAUGGGACCAACAGAGACAUGGAAUCGAUAAAGAUUUGAUACUGAAAUGGAGCUGAGUCGAAUCACACCGUUCCAUGACACAUCCAGUAUUCAACGUCUCCUCCAAUACGAUGCAACAUACAUCCAGUCACCGCUUACUCUCUUCCAUCAUAUCUAAUUCAGCUUUUUAAAACCAUUGCACCUUUAAUUCGGCGUCUAAUCCAUUUAAUUCCGCGCUGUAACUCUACCUGACCUGAACGCACUCCAUCAGCCAUUUUUGUUGCUGUUUUCAUUCUUACUUUCAUGUAUUUCUACGCGCCAUUUCAUAAAAGUUAAUUAAAGCUUGUUGAUGAGAGAAAUUCAUUUUUUACUAUUUAUAAAAACACAUAUUUACAGUACACGACACGAGUUUUAUGCGUGUUCCACGCAACGCGGUGGAACAAAUUUGCCUCAAACACGGUGGACCUUUAAAAUUGUCGGCACCUUUGAAGUCCUAUUUUUCCGUGCGAGCUAGACAUUGAAGUCCACGGAGGAUCUCCGUGGAUACCACCGCGCAUCUCCGUGGAUGUCACCUGUACCUCCGUCGAUGCCACCGUGUACCAACGUGUGAUAAAACAAAGAAAUAAUUUCCGAAAUGAUUCAUCUAAAAAACCUUUUCGCUUGGCCAGCAUACAUGCCCUCACCCCAUUACUUAUUUAGAAAUUAGCUAUAAAUCAUUCAAUUCUUGUAAUUGUUGUUUAAUGAUACGUUGGUGUUUUCGGUUCAUAUCCGUAUGUAGACUUCCCUGCAGACGUUCGCACCUUUUUAUGAAACGCCCAAACUCCCGACAUCCUGCAUAUAAACAUCUGUGUUAUUACUACCACUCGUCGGUACAUUGUUUCACGGCACCUGCAGCACAAUUUCACCAAAUAAAAGAAGGGUCAUGAACAACGACAAUCACAUGCCAGUAAUUUCAAUUUGAUAAACAGCAGUUCAAAGAAAUGUGUACCAUAAGCAAUAGUUUAUUUUCACGUAAGGUUUUCAUUGUAAUUAGGAAUAUGUUAUUAAGGUCAGCUAUAUACAUGUACAUGUUUACAUUGGAUAUGAAUUUCAUUAUGUACUCAACUGUGAAGCAAUGUGAGCAAAGAAUCAAAUUUUUAUCACUUAAACAAAUAAAUAUUAAAACUAUCUUUACUUUUAAACAAACCUUUAGAAAACUCCGUACUUUCAUUAGGAAAAUUUCAUUAGAAUGCCCAUACUUCACAUUAAUAAUAACACGGGUUUUUUAGGUUUUUUUUUCUAACUUGAUAAAUACUUUAUUACACGCAUGUAUUAUUUACUAAAUGUAUAUAUAACAGCUUUUUGUCUUUAUAUUUUAAUAUACCAUUGCAUAAUUAUGAUGAGAUCCAAUAAAUUGAAUUGAGUACAUGUAGUCUUGAAAUAUCACAAAGUAAAGAGUUGACAACGAUUGAAAUAAAAAUGCAGACGUUUUCUCGUUUAUUCAGUAACUCAAUAACUUGCGCGU